GUGUGGGAUAAUAUAUAUAGAGAUAACAAUAAUUGAUCAUCACUACCAAAAAAAAAAAAAAAAGAAAAGAAAUUUGGGUGAUUUGUAGUUUAGUUGUUGGUGGUUUCCUUGAUCAACAGCUGCCAACUUUUUUUUUGUCUCCAAUUUGUGUUUGUGUUCCCAUCUUACCCCUCCCCUGUUUCUUCUGCCCAGUUUCCGUCCUCGAUGGACUUAGACAAACCCUAAUCCCAACUGAAAUAACCGUUCAUGGAAGAAUCCGAAUUGCUGGCUUUCUACUUUGUACUUUACUCGAUCUGAAAAAAAUCACAUUUUUUUUUAUGCCGGGUUGAUUUUGGAAAUUCCCAAGCAACCACUCCCUCAACUGCUUCAACAAUUUUGACACUGUUCUUGUGAUUUUUUGAUGGCCGGAAGCUGGGAUGGAGGUAAUGACCUGGCAAGCCAGUCAGAUGAUAGCUACCAUUUUGACAGACUACAUAUAGAGCCCAUCUAUGAUGCAUUCCUAUGCCCUUUGACAAAACAGGUAAUGCGGGAUCCUGUAACACUGGAGAAUGGGCAAACUUUUGAGAGAGAAGCCAUUGAAAAAUGGUUCAAACAAUGUAAAGAGUCUGGAAGAAGGCUAGUUUGCCCAUUAACUCAAAGAGAGUUACGGAGCACAGAACUGAAUCCAAGUAUAGCCUUGCGGAACACAAUUGAAGAAUGGAAUGCUAGGAAUGAAGCUGUUCAACUUGAUAUGGCUCGGAGAUCAUUGACUUCGGGCAGCUCAGAGCAAGAUAUUUUGCAGGCUUUGAAGUUUAUCCAAUAUAUAUGUCAAAAAAGCCGAUCAAAUAAGCAUGUAAUCCGUAAUGAAGAGAUGAUACCUAUGAUUAUUGAUAUGUUAAAGAGUAGCUUUCGAAGAACUCGGUUGAAAGCUUUGGAAACUCUUCGAAUUGUGGUUGAAGAAGAUUCUGACAAUAAGGAAAUAAUGGCUCAAGGGGACACUGUACGCACAGUUGUGAAGUUAUUGUCUAAUGAACAAUCAAAAGAAAGAGAAGAAGCGGUUCUUCUGCUAUAUGAGCUCUCCAAAUCUGAAGCUUUAUGUGAAAAGAUUGGUUCAGUUAAUGGAGCAAUUCUCAUUUUAGUAGGAAUGGCAAGCAGCACGUCGGAGAACAUUGUGGCUGUUGAGAUGGCGGAUAAAACUCUGGAGAAUCUGGGAAAAUCUGAGAAUAAUGUCAGACAAAUGGCUGAAAAUGGUAGAUUGCAGCCUUUACUGAGACUACUGCUUGAAGGAUCUUCAGAAACCAAACUAUCUAUGGCUGAAUUUCUUGGUGACUUGGUUCUUAACAAUGAUGUGAAAGUCUUGGUGGCUAGAACAGUUGGGUCAUCACUGAUCAACAUCUUGAAGAGUGGUAAUAUCCAAUCAAGAGAGGCUGCCUUGAAAGCUCUAAAUCAAAUGUCAUCACACGAUGCAAGUGCCAGAAUCUUAAUAGAGGCUGGUAUACUUCCCCCCCUGGUCAAGGAUCUCUUCACUGUUGGUGCCCACCAACUGCCCAUGCGACUGAAGGAAGUAUCUGCAACAAUCCUUGCUAAUGUUGUGAGUUCAGGAUAUGACUUUGACUCUGUUCCCGUUGGACCUGAACAACAAACUCUGGUUUCAGAGGACAUCAUUCAUAAUCUCCUCCAUCUUAUAAGCAACACUGGCCCUGCCAUAGAGUGUAAGCUUCUUCAGGUGCUUGUUGGGCUGACUAACUCUCCGAUUACUAUUUCUAGUGUUGUUUCUGCAAUUAAAAGCUCUGGUGCCACAAUAAGUUUGGUACAGUUUAUUGAAGCUCCACAAAAAGAUUUAAGACUGGCUUCCAUAAAACUUCUCCAGAACCUUUCUCCAUAUAUGGGUCCAGAACUAGCUAGUUGCUUACGUGGAACAUCUGGCCAGCUUGGUAGCCUAAUCAAAAUCAUAUCAGAAAAUAUUGGUAUAACUGAGGAACAAGCUGCUGCUGUUGGGCUUUUAGCUGAUCUUCCUGAAAGGGAUAUGGGUCUUACACGGCAGAUGCUAGAUGAAGGUGCAUUCCAGCUGGUUAACUCAAGAAUUCUUAGGAUCCGGCAGAGGGAGACUAGAGGUAGUCGCUUUAUGACUCCUUACCUAGAAGGUCUGGUUAAGGUUUUGUCAAGGGUCACGUUUGCCUUGGCUGAUGAGCUGGAUGCCAUUGCCCUUUGUCGGAACCACAAUCUUGCAGCUGUCUUCAUAGAACUUUUACAGACCAAUGGGCUUGACAAUGUUCAGAUGGUUUCUGCAUUGGCUUUGGAAAACUUAUCUCAAGAAUCAAAAAACUUGACCAAAUUGCCCGAAUUGCCAAGUCCUGGGUUUUGUGUCUCGAUUUUCCCCUGUUUAGGCAAGCCGACUAUCAUAACUGGAUUGUGUACAGUACACAGGGGAACAUGUUCGCUCAAAGAAACCUUUUGUCUCCUGGAAGGACAAGCUGUGGGGAAGCUAGUUGCCCUCCUAGACCACACCAAUGAAAAGGUGGUUGAGGCUUCUCUUGCAGCAUUGUGCACCUUGUUGGAUGAUGGGGUUGACAUUGAACAAGGGGUUCAUGUAUUGUGCGAGGCAGAAGGGAUCAGGCCUAUACUUGAUGUGUUACUGGAGAAACGGACAGAGAACCUGAGGAGGAGGGCUGUUUGGGCAGUUGAGCGAAUUUUGCGCUCUGAUGAUAUAGCCUAUGAAAUUUCUGGUGACCCUAAUGUAAGUACUGCACUUGUGGAUGCUUUCCAGCAUGGUGAUUAUCGGACACGCCAGAUUGCCGAGCGAGCCCUGAAGCACGUGGAUAAGAUUCCGAACUUCUCUGGUGUCUUUCCAAAUGUAGGAUAAAGACACAUGUAGGUUGGCUAAUGAUUGUCAGGGAUUUGGCAUGCAUGUCGUCGUAGAGUUUUUCUUUAAGCAUCAUAGAAUGCAGGUACAUAAUAUCUUUUUCUCUUUCUUAUAUGUAGAGGGUGUUCAAUUUUUCCCUUUUUUUCUUCUUCUUGUGAUUAUCAGACACCCUAUUGAUGUCAUUUUGCAGAUUUUAGUCUUCAAAUGGACAAUAUAUUUGUACUUAUAUAGAAGUUGGAAUGUAAGAUUAUUUUUUGUAUGAUUGUCGUUCAAUAAAGAAUUAUUGUUGAGGGGAAGACCUCCGUUCCUUUUUUGUGUUAA